AUGCGAGCCUUUGCUGCUAAUAUCAGUGCUAGUGUCACCCAAGAGGAAGUUGACCAGGCAACAUCGAAGAUUGCAAACGAAGGCCAACUCUCCAUUCGGGACAUACUUGCAAGCCAAGAUACUGCUGUUCGUAUCACGAAUCCCCGCGACUACCAGAUGGAGCUCUUCUUGAGGGCGAAGAUGCAGAACACCAUCGCUGUCCUGGAUACUGGAACCGACCAAGGCGUCGAAGGUAUCUCUGGCGCCAUGGGCCAGUCGCUGUUUCAAAAGCAGACCUGGGACAAGCUCUUCGCCGUCAACAUGGUCAUUGUGUGCACAGCACAAGUCCUCGUAGAUUGCAUGAUGCAUUCUUUCAUGAGCAUUUCGCGCAUGAACCUCCUUAUCUUCGAUGAAGCCCACCACGCAAAGAGCAACCACCCUUACGCCCGAGUGAUGAAAGACUACUACGCUCAUGAGCUGGACACUUCCAAGCGACCCCGGAUCUUCGCGAUGACAGCAUCACCAGUAGAUGUCAAAGGGCAGUCUGCUGAACAUGUUCGGGAAGCUGCACGGGAGCUAGAGACCUUGCUUCACUCUCGGAUUGCGACGACCAGUGAUAGCGCGUUGGCGAGGAACAGUAUCACGAGACCGGAGGAAGAAGUAGCUGUGUACACUCGCUUAAGAAACGAGUUCGAAACACCCCUUCAUCAGAAAGUCAAAGCCAAGUACGGGGACGUCGCUCCAUUUCGAAAGUUAUUCAUAACCGCCAAACUGCACGCAUCAGAGCUGGGUCGAUGGGCGUCAGACAUGUACUGGUCAUUCGCAUUCGCUGACGAACAAAGCCGUAAACUCCAGAUCCGCGAAGAGUUGAAGUACAAUCGCUCCAAGCGGGAUUGGUCGGCGGCAGAGCUCGACGCUCAGAUGGCUAGACUCAAGGAAGCAACUGCGUUCGUCCAACAAUAUGAGAUCGGCGCACCUACCUUGAGUGAGCAGGAUCUCAGCUCUAAAGUCAUGAAGCUCCAAUACUGGCUCAAUCUCUACUAUGAGCGCACCACAUUAGCUCGUUGCAUCGUGUUCGUUGAGAAGAGACACACAGCACAGCUUCUAAAGCUCAUCUUCGACCACAUCGGCGGCCCCAACCUCCAUUGCGAUGUGCUGGUCGGCAUCAACAACCGUGCAGGCGAGGAGAACGUAUCUCUUCGCUCGCAGAUCCUCACCUUGCAGAAGUUCCGGCGCGGAGAGUUAAAUUGUCUAUUCGCUACAUCAGUCGCCGAAGAGGGUUUGGACAUACCCCAAUGUAAUCUUGUCGUACGCUUCGAUCUCUAUCGCACCAUGAUAGGUUACGUCCAAUCCCGCGGUCGCGCAAGGCAUCGCAACUCCAAAUACCUGCACAUGCUCGAAGCAGAAAACAAAGAGCAUACGGAACGCCUCAUGAAUGCGAGACAUGACGAGAAUAUCAUGCGAGAAUUCUGCAAGGAUCUUACGCAUGAUCGUCAGCUCGGCGAUGUAGAACAAGAGAAAGCAGAGCUGAUCGCCCUGGAAGACAAGCUCUUUCCAAGCUAUACCGACGAGAAGUCCGGAGCGAAGCUUACGUAUCGAUCGAGCCUAUCUAUUCUCAGCCACUUUGUCGCAACAUAUCCGUCACCAGAUCACAACACAAUGGCACAGCCGACAUACGUCGUCAAUCCUAAGAUCAGUGACGAUCCUCGUGAUCCUCAACGCAAUGGCUUCGUGUGUGAGGUCAUAUUGCCUGAGCAUUGUCCCAUCAUCUCCAUGGUUGGCCAGGUGUACAGUCGAAAGACUAUUGCCAAGUGUUCCGCUGCUUUCAAGAUGUGCAUCGAGUUGCGACGCAAAGAUCACCUCAACGAAUUUCUUCUCCCGACCAUUUCAAAGUACCUGCCAGCUAUGAGAAAUGCGCUGCUAGCGGUCAGUGAGAAGAAGAAGGGAAACUAUGCUAUGGUCAUCAAGCCAACCUUCUGGAAGCAGGAUCGAGAUACUGUCCCUGAAUCUCUGCAUCUCACAAUCAUAGAUGCCGACCGAGGCUUGGAUCGUCCCCACCAACCGCUUGCAAUGCUAACCCGACGGCCGUUUCCACAGCUCCCUUCUUUUCCCAUCUACCUCACAGACUGUCGCCCUUCCAACAUCGUCUCGCAGUCUCUUCACAUCCCAAUUUCUUUGACCCCAGAGUUGCUGGAGAUGUUCACCAGAUUCACACUGCGUAUCUUCGAAGACAUAUAUAACAAGGUCUACGACUAUGAUGUUUCCAAAAUGUCGUACUGGAUGCUUCCAGUCAUUGAGCAUAGGGUGGCAUCGGUGCGGUCUAUGUCUAAUCCUCAAGAAGUACUAGAUAUGGAUCAAAUUCGCAAAGUCUACAAUGAGCCGUUUUGGAAAUGGUCCCCGCAGAGCAGGACUGAUGAUCUCAUUGACAGAUACUUCGUCGACCCCAUGAAUGGAGGUCGAAGAUACUACUCAGACCGCUUGGCGCCACACCUAAAGCCACAGGACCCAGUCCCAGCAAAUGUCCCACGACAGAACCACAAGUUCAUGAAAAACAUCUUGGACUUUUCGGAUAGCAAAUGGAUGAAGAGCCGAGACAUCACUCGCUGGCACCAGGAUCAGCCUGUCCUUCAAGUGGAGAAGAUUCCGUUCCGGAGAAACCAUCUUGCGAAUGUGGAAGACAAGGAAAAGAAGGAGCUCGCCAAUCUCGAAACAUACAUCUGCCCUGAGCCACUGCACAUAUCAAACCUCGCAACACCGUUUGUGGUGAUGUGCUACGUUCUGCCAGCCAUCAUUCAUCGCUUUGAGAGCUAUCUCAUAGCUCUCGAUGCUUGCGACGUGCUUGAUCUGAAGGUCAGUCCUGCUCUAGCUCUGGAAGCACUCACCAAGGAUUCGGACAAUUCUGAGGAGCACGGCGAAGAGAAAAUCAACUUCAAGAGCGGCAUGGGCCCAAACUACGAACGACUCGAGUUCUUGGGUGAUUGCUUCCUCAAGGUGGCUACAUCACUGUCGGUCUUUGUGCAACAGCCGGAGGAAAACGAAUUCGAGUUUCACGUGCGCCGUAUGCUCAUGCUCUGCAACCAGAAUUUGAUGGAGACUGCAGUAGGCAAGAAGAAGGUCGCGUCUGCUAACGGAACGGAGCGCGAUCUGCAGCUGUACAAAUAUGUUCGGACCGAUGCUUUCUCUCGUCGCAACUGGUACCCGGAAGGGUUGAAAUUGCUUCGAGGCAAAGGUCUGAAGAAGACCGAAGAAGACUGGUUGAACGUCACCCACAACCUCGGCGACAAGAGUGUUGCGGACGUAUGUGAGGCCUUCAUCGGUGCCGCCUUCAUGCAGCAUCAUAAAGGAGGUCAGUGGACUCCAAAUGAUUGGGAUGAAGCAGUCAAAGCGGUGAAGCUCUUUGCAAAUAGCGAUGACCAUCUUAUGGAGAAGUGGACGGACUACUAUGCUGCCUACACCAAGCCAAAGUACCAAACGGCGGGUGCAACAGCAACACAGCUUGACCUCGCGCACAAGAUUGAGAUGAAGCAUCCUUAUCGUUUCAGAUACCCUCGUCUGCUUCGAUCUGCAUUCAUCCAUCCUUCUCAGCCAUUCAUGUGGGAGAACAUACCCAGCUACCAGCGGUUGGAGUUUCUGGGGGACUCUCUCCUGGACAUGGCUUUCAUCAUGCAUCUGUUCUACAAGUACCCCGACAAAGACCCACAAUGGCUCACCGAGCACAAGACUCCGAUGGUCUCCAACAAGUUUUUGGGCGCUGUCCAGAUCCGCGACUACGUAUACGAAGUCGAGGAAGCCGAGCGCGAGGCGAAUGGUGCAGUAGACUACUGGGUCUCUGUAUCCGAGCCACCCAAGUGUCUCGCCGACGUCAUCGAAGCCUUCGUUGCCGCCAUCUUCGUCGACUCGGAGUUCGACUUUAAUGUCGUCCAAAAAUUCUUCGACUUGCACCUGAAGCCCUUUUUCCUUGACAUGACGCUGGACGCGUAUGAGAAUUUUGCUUCUAAUCAUCCGACCACACGGCUUUCGCGUCUUUUGUCCAUCAACUUCGGGUGCAGUGAAUGGCGCAUGGGCGCGCUAGAGACCGAAACUUUGAUUCCAGGCAAGGGGAAGGCCAUCGCGGCCAUGGUAAUGAUACACGACAAAGUACACUUCCACUCUCUAGGACAGAGUGGUAGGUAUGCACGUGUGAGGGCGAGUCAUGCCGCGCUGGAGAAGCUUGAGGGCCUGCCGCCGUACGAGUUCCGCAGUAAGUAUGGAUGUGACUGCGUGGACGAGGGUGAGGGCGAGGCAGGAGUCGAUGAGGCAGCGGUGAGCAAGAAGGUCGAGCUUAUGAGGGAAGCAAUUGGACCGAGCAUUUGA